AUGGCACCCGGCCUCUACACCGACAUCGGCAAGAAGACCAGAGAUCUGCUGUACAAGGACUACAACACGCACCAGAAGUUCUCCCUCACCACCUGCUCGCCCCAUGGCGUCGCAAUCACAGCUGCAGGAACAAGGAAAGAUGAGUCCAUCUUUGGUGAGCUUCACACCCAGAUUAAGAACAAGAAAUUGACGGUUGAUGUCAAAGCGAACUCAGAAUCAGAUCUGUUGACAACAAUCACUGUUGAUGAGUUUGGCACUCCAGGGCUCAAAUCAAUUCUCAGUUUGGUUGUUCCGGACCAGAGGUCAGGGAAGCUUGAACUCCAGUACCUACAUGAAUAUGCUGGUGUGAAUGCAAGCAUCGGGCUUAAUCCCAACCCUAUGGUUAACCUUUCUGGUGUCUUUGGAAGCAAAGCACUCUCAGUUGGUGUUGAUGUUUCAUUUGAUACGGCGACUAGCAAUUUCACCAAGUACAAUGCUGCCCUGAGCCUCACCAGUCCAGAUCUUAUUGCUUCCCUUCAUUUGAAUAACCAUGGUGAUACCCUGGUUGCGUCCUACUACCACUUGGUAAAGCAUCAUUCAGGCACUGCUGUUGGAGCUGAGCUGUCUCACAGCGUCUCAAGAAAUGAGAGCACACUAAUCUUUGGGUCUCAGCACUCACUUGAUCCCCACACGACUGUGAAGGCACGUUUCAACAACUAUGGCAUGGCCAGUGCCCUUGUCCAGCAUGAAUGGCGUCCCAAGUCAUUCAUCACCAUCUCUGGUGAGGUCGACACCAAGGCAAUUGAGAAGAGUACGAAAGUUGGCCUGUCCUUGUUGCUCAAGCACUGA